ACUCGGCUGUGGUGACGGGUGCGCGCACGUCAUACUGUGACCCCUGGCGUUGAGCCGUCCCUGUUUUCCAUAGCUACCAGAAUUGUGGUAAGUAACGACCAUCUUUGAGAGGCGGUUGAAAUGAGUAGCUCCAACGCCGUGGCUGCAGAGACUGGACUGGGCGCUCCAACCAAGGACGAUAAGAAAAAGUCAGGAGGAAGUAUGCUGAACCGUUUAAAGUCCCGGUUAGAAGGAGGUGGGCCCGAGUUGGGGGACUUCCGCCAGGUCACUGAGGAGACGCUGCGACAAUUGGACACUAUAACCCCCGACCAUGUCCUGGCACUUUACAGAGUAACAGAAAACUAUUUAUGCAAACCAGAAGACAACAUUUAUAAUAUUGAUUUUACAAGGUUCAAGAUUCGAGACCUGGAAACGGGAACAGUUUUGUUUGAGAUAGCCAAGCCUCCAGCUUCAGAACAAGACGAUGAUGAAGAGGAGAGUGGAGAUUUGGACACCAGUGCUGGACGUUUUGUUCGAUAUCAAUUUACUCCAGCAUUUCUACGGCUCAAGACAGUUGGUGCAACUGUAGAGUUCACAGUUGGUGACCAGCCUGUCCCAAAUUUUCGAAUGAUUGAAAAGCACUACUUCAGAGAUAGUUUGUUGAAGAGUUUUGACUUUGACUUUGGAUUCUGCAUUCCUAACAGCAGGAAUACUUGUGAACAUAUCUACGAGUUCCCUCAACUUUCCGAAGACGUCAUCCAACAGAUGGUGGAGCACCCGUAUGAGACACGAUCAGACAGCUUCUAUUUUGUAGACAACAGGCUGAUUAUGCACAAUAAGGCAGACUAUGCUUACAAUGGUGGACAAUAACUCCAAGUUUACCAACAACUGACUAGACCUAAUUUAUCCAGUGGAAAGGGAAGCGGUUAUCAUUCCAAAUCCAUGGCAGCCUAAACCAACCAAGCAUCUCUUGCCCACUUCUUCCAAAACAAAACUAAAUGAUCUUUGAAAUGGAAACAAAAAGGGUUUCUUGAAGUGUUUUUAUGCUUUUCUUACUUAUUGGGUUAUGUUCAUCCAGAGGGUUUUAUGUGCUUUUUUUUUCCUUCUUGACGAUAUUGUACUUCAAGAAAAUGGAGAACUACUACUCACGGGACCUAAAUAUAGAAGACAGCUGUGUUCAUCUUGUAAACUUAUGAACUAUAAAAAUGUUCCAUUUCUUCCAGAUCUGGCUUUCAGCACUCAGAAGUGUUCUACUCACUUGAAUGACUCUUUAUGUGAGAAGUUUGACUAGAAUGUAUGUCCAGGUGCCCACUUGCCUUAUUGUACAAACAUUGGAACUUUCAUUUGCCUGUUCUUUCUGUACUACCUUGUAUUGUAUGUAUUACUGUUUGUGUCUGAUUUGUUACACAGCAACAGCAGUGGAUAUCUGUUACUGGAGCGUGUUACUACUUCUCCUAGUUACAUAGUGUUACAUACUGACAUAAUGUCUGUUACUUUAACUGGUCAAGCAUUGGCAAUCAAUUUUUAAGUAGACGUGCAUUACUCCUCCAGCCUCUGUCAGCCCGCACUACUCUACUGAGGUCUUUGUCACUAUAAAGUGGGUGAAAAUCAAUACGAGAUCACACUGCACUUCUCAGUACUUGUAAGGAUACCCGAGUUAGCUGAAGUUGUUUGUUUAGAGGCUUUGAUCAGGUUCGUAGCAGGCAAAGAUAGAUGACUCUAGAGGAGAUGAGUUUAGGUUUUGUUUCAUCCCUGCUACCAUGAUAGUCUGUUGGCUCAGCAUAGCCCUUCCCCCCCAAUUGUAGUGCUUGUCUUUAGACUUCACUUCCUGGCUGUGGCUGGCAUUGUUGCAGGCAUGUGUGUGUUGUGCCUUUCCUCUUCUGUUUGUGCUAGUUUUUGCCUUCAUCAGUCAACACUGCACAUUCCCUUUAUAAGCUCAGUUUGUCAUAUCAUGUGACAUUGCUGUUGCUCCUCCUUUCUGUUUUUUUUUUUGUUUGUUUUUUUUAAUUGCAUUGAUAUCUCAUUUGUAACCUGGACUGGGUCGCACCUAACUCAAUUAAUAAAAUGUAAUCAGAGAAGUAGAUGGGUUAGAAAGGUAGAGCUGCAAGCUAAGGUUAAAGCCUGCAAACACUUGGCCAUAGCAUGAGUGAAAGUGUAGAUCAUUUGAAGUGCUGUAAAAUAUAACAGUCGAGCGUGGAGCUUUAUUUUACACUUUCAUUGUUUCCCCUAAAAAGUGGGGGAUAACUCUUAAUAGUUCUGGACUGUACAGGUUUGAACAGCUUUGUAAAUAUGUAAAAAUAGCACAGGAUGAAAUCAAAACAUGAAACACUGAGCAAAAUAAAAUAAAAACACAUUUUUCAGGUACCAUGGAGAAGUAGCUACUUUAUUAAAUAAAAUGAACCAACAUGA